AUGGACAUAGCCAUGUCCAUAUCCAAAGGCUUGGCGGAGUCUGUGGUGGUGGCCAAGGUCAUCUACAAGGAAGCCGUAGAAUCCUUGAAACAGUGCGUAGUGGCAGACGUUGAGGACGAGGUUGAGGAGCAAGAUCCUGAGCAAAGCGUCCUCUGGGAUCUCACAAGGCCUUUAGAGGGCAGCUGUCGCAUGGAGCUGUUAAAGUUUGAUGACCCAAAGGGUCAGGACGUCUUCUGGCACUCGAGCGCGCACAUCUUGGGUCAAGCCCUUGAGCGAGAGUUCGGCUGUCAUCUGACCAUCGGCCCCGCCUUGGAGUCCGGCUUUUACUACGAUGGCUACUAUGGAGAGAAGAAGCUGAACGAUGCUGACUUCUCAGCCAUCGAGAAGCAUGCGGCGCAGAUCUGCAAGGAGUCACAGCUCUUUGAACGUUGUGUCUUAUCCAAAGAGGACGCGCUCGAGCUCUUCAAAGAGAACCCCUUCAAGGUUCAGCUGAUCACGAACAAGGUGCCAAAUGGUGCCACGACCAGCUGCUACCGUUGUGGUGAUCUGGUGGACCUUUGCCGUGGGCCCCACCUGCCCAACACCAACCGUGCCAAGGCUUUCAUGGUGACGAAGAACUCGUCGGCCUACUGGUUAGGAGAUCAAAAUCUGGAUUCCCUCCAGCGCCUCUACGGAAUCGCUUUUCCCAAUGACAAGCUGCUGAAGCUUUGA